UUCGAUUAGUCAGGUCUGGGGCAGUGACAGCCAUGGAGGAGCUGUGCAGCGGGUUUGUUCAAAUCCACAAAUAACCAUAGCUCGCUCAAUUAUCGGCAAAAAUGGCAUCUGUUCUGGAGGAUCCAACUCUGGAGAGACACUUCAAGGGACACAAAGACGCCGUCACCUGUGCAGAUUUUAAUCCAAACCAAAAGCAGCUGGCGACGGGAUCAGUAGAUAAGACGCUGAUGAUCUGGAAUCUGGCUCCAAAGGGAAGAGCCUUUCGAUUUGUCGGGCACCAGGAUGCCAUCACAGGGCUGCAGUUCUCUCAGUCUGGUGGUCUGGUGGCAUCUUCCUCCAAAGAUAGAACGGUUCGAUUGUGGACGCCUUCCAUAAAAGGAGAGUCUACAGUUUUCAAAGCUCAUACCGCCGCAGUCCGCAGCGUUGCUUUCUCCAACGACGGCCACAGACUGGUCACUGCAUCUGAUGACAAGUCUGUCAAAGUGUGGAGUGUCCAGCGGCACUGUUUCAUCUACUCCCUCAACCAGCACACUAACUGGGUCCGCUGUGCCAGGUUUUCUCCAGAUGGGAGGCUCAUAGCGUCCUGUGGAGACGACCGCUCUGUCCGUCUUUGGGACACGUCCUCUAAACUCUGCAUCAACUGCUUCACUGACUGCAGCGGCUCUGCAACUUUUGUUGAUUUCAACUCCAGUGGCACCUGCAUUGCCUCCUCAGGAGCUGACAGUUCCCUUAAGAUCUGGGAUUUACGGACCAACAAGCUGAUUCAGCACUAUCAAGUCCACACUGCAGCUAUCAACAGUUUCUCCUUCCAUCCGUCGAGUAAUUACCUAAUCAGUGGCUCCAGUGAUAGGACGGUUAAGAUCCUGGACCUGCUGGAGGGCCGCCUCAUCUACACUCUGCAUGGACACAAGGUGCUGCUCUGGAAGACAAACUUUGACAGUAAACCUUAUCAGGACCUGCUGCAACAUCAUAGCCGGAGAUCAACCCCUAAUCCGCCACCCCACCUGUCGGACAUCCACCCCAGAACACCUCACCUCCACCACCCACAGCCCACCCCCAUCCAGAUAAAUCCCACUGUGACUGACACCAGGUCCUCUGAUCCACAUGUUGUCGAGCUGGGCCAAGCUCUACAUGAAGACAAGACAGAUUUCCUGGCACUUCAUGACAGUGGUUCAAAAGUAGAAGAGUGGACCGGGGGUGAAAGUACCAACUGGGCAGGGUCAAAUUCUGGGAACCAGAGCGGCUCAGACGGUGCAGGAAGAGGAAGGAGGAAAGAAGAGGACACGGCACAGAACCACCCACUGGAGGUCCUCUCAGGUCAUCCAUCAAGUCUGGAUUUCACCCUGCAGCACAUUGUUCAGCAGCUGGAUGUUCUCACGCAGACUGUUUCUGUGCUUGAAGAGCGUCUCACCCUAACAGAGGACAAGAUGAAGGAGUGUCUCCAGUAUCAAUCUCAGAUCCUGAAGGACAUGCAGGCACCAGGAGAGAGGCACAGGAUGGAAAGCGAAGGGACGGAUGAGUCCCCUGCUAAUUUCACUUAAAGCUGGCACCCUCCCUCUGAGGCACAAACACAGGGAUAUUCUCUGCUUUAUGACUGUUAAGAACUUGUACUGUUGUGUGUGUGCGCAUGAAACACCAUGGUGGUCUACAUCUUGGGUCAGUGGGUUAAUCAGGAAUCUGGCAGAAGUCAGAGUGAUUUAUUGUGCAUCUCAGUGUGUGUGUGGGUCACCAACAUGUUUCUUUUGUGUCUUUCGUCACCUCUGACUGAUAUUCAGCUUUACAGCCAGCAGCAGUUUAUCUGCGGCUGCGCAGAUAUGCAGCGGUAUAACCUGCUGUGAAAACAGGCCAUCUGCUGCAUCACCUCUUAUUCCAAGCAUUUAAAUUUGGUUCCUCUAAAAUAAAUGGAUGUUUUAGCAGUUUCCUGCUUUAGAAAUAUAUGUUGUUGUUUUUUUGUUUUUUUUAUUUUUUGUAUAUUUGUUAAUGUAAAAUUCUGAUUUAUAGAACUACUAAACUCUGCACAUAUCACCUAAGAUGUAAC